GUCCCGCGUGGCCGAUUUUAGGAGCGCUCCAAACACCGUUUUAGGAAAAAAGACACCGUUUAUUCCCUGCCAGCCGUGAGGAGGAGAUUUCCACAAAGCGAGCUCGCGAAGGGGUAAAAAAAUGAAAUUUUUUCUACAGGAGAAUUUUCACAAACUCGCCCCGGCGUUACUCACAUUCUCCACCUGCCUAACGCACAGCUAGUUGUGUGACCUAGCCUGACCCAGUUGAAAAUUGACUUUCGCUUGAAAGAGAGUUCUUUUAUUAAGCGAAUUCUAUUGUAGACGUUACCUGACGCCUCAGUUACGUUUCCGAAGGAUUGGAGUCUUGCAAAGAAAUUCACACUGGAUGAAAACCAUUUCCUGAAGCUGGAUCUGUUCCAGGAACUGUAACCCAAAUGUUUCUGUGUCCGUGGAGGAGAUUUCACGUUUGAAGAAACUUCUACUGAAGGCAGUCGUGUCCCACCACCAUGUUCUGGAAGUUCGAUUUGAACACAACGUCACACGUGGACAAGCUGCUGGACAAGGAGGAUGUGACCCUGGAGGAGCUGAUGGAUGAGGACGAUGUCCUGCAGGAAUGCAAGGCCCAGAACCGGCGCCUGCUGGACUUCCUGUGCCAGCAGCAGUGCAUGGAGCAGCUGGUCACCCUCAUCACCCACGAGCCCCCCGUGGACAUGGACGAGAAGAACAAAGUGAGCUGGAAAAUGAAUAAAAUCUGGGAUAUUUUCAGUGUGCUGCACGUCCACAUCCUGCUGAUUUCAGGGAUCACAGCUCCGGACAGGCCCUGCCUCUGCUCAGACCUGAGCUCCUCACAGGGGUAUCCCAACACCGCCUGCGAGCUGCUCACCUCGGACGUGCCGCAGAUCAACGACAAACUGGGCGGGGACGAGACCCUGCUCAACAUCCUCUACGACUUCCUGGACCACGAGCCCCCCCUGAACCCCCUCCUCGCCAGCUUCUUCAGCAAGACCAUCGGGAACCUCAUUGCACGGAAAACAGAGCAGGUGAUCUCGUUUCUGAGGAAAAAGGACAAGUUCCUGAGCCUGGUGCUAAAGCACAUCGACACUUCAGCCAUGAUGGACCUGCUGCUGCGCCUCAUCAGCUGCGUGGAGCCCACGGCGCUGCGCCAGGACGUGCUCAAUUGGCUGAAUGAAGCCAGGAUUAUCCAGAGACUCGUGGAGCUGAUCCAUUCGAGCCAGGACGAGGAUAGGCAAUCCAACGCUUCCCAGACCCUGUGUGACAUCAUCAGGCUGAGCAGAGACCAGAGCACUCAGCUCCAGGAUGUCCCAGAGCCGGAUCCACUUCUCACAGCACUGGAAUCGCAGGAGUGUGUGGAGCAGCUCCUCAGGAACAUGUUCGACGGGGAGCAGAGCGAGACCUGCAUCGUGAACGGAACCCAGGUGCUCCUGACACUGCUGGAAACGCGGCGCUCGGGAGUGGAAGGCCUGAUGGACUCGUACACUCAGGGAUUCGAGAGGUCUUACACUGUCAACAGCAGCAUCUUACACGGCAUCGAGCCCCGCCUCAAGGACUUCCACCAGCUGCUGCUUCACCCACCCAAGAAAGCGGCGAUCCUGACCACGCUGGGGGUGCUGGAGGAGCCGCUGGGCAACGCGCGGCUGCACGGCUCCCGCCUGAUCGCCGCCCUGCUGCACACCAACACCCCCAGCAUCAACGGGGAGCUCUGCAGGCUCGGCACCAUGGACCUGUUACUCGAUUUGUUUUUUAAGUACACGUGGAAUAACUUCCUGCAUUUCCAAGUGGAGCUGUCCAUAGCAGCCAUCCUGUCGCACUCGGUGCAGGAGGGCAAGGGCAGCCCGGCCGAGCAGGGCACCAAAGAGGAGGCGGCUGCGAGCGGGACCCUGGAGCCCCCGGGACCCCCGGGACCCCCCGAAGCCUCGGGACCCGCGGAGCCCCCGGAGCCCCCGGCAGGAGCCACCCAGAGCGUCAUGGUCACCCACCUGUUCCAGAAGUGCUGCCUGGUGCAGAGGAUAUUGGAUGCCUGGGAAGCCAAUGACAAAAUCCAGGCAGAGGGUGGCAGGAGGAGAGGGAACAUGGGGCACCUGACCCGCAUCGCCAACGCCGUGGUGCACAACAUGGAGAAGGGGCCCAUGCAGGCCCAGAUCAGUGACUUCAUCAAAGAGCUGCCUGAGGACUGCAGGGGCAGGUGGGAGAGUUUUGUGGAGGAGACGCUGACGGAGACGAACAGGAGGAACACGGUGGAUUUGGUGAGCACCCACCACCUGCACUCGUCCAGCGAGGAUGAGGACAUUGAAAGUGCUUUUCCCAACGAGCUCACCCUCCAGCAGGCCUUCUCCGAGUACCAGAUCCAGCAGAUGACAGCAAAUUUCGUGGAUCAGUUUGGCUUCAACGACGAGGAGUUUGCAGACCAGGAUGACAACAUCAACGCUCCCUUCGACCGCAUCGCCGAGAUCAACUUCAACAUCGACGCCGAUGACGACAGCCCCAACGCCUCCCUGUUCGAGGCCUGCUGCAACGAGCGCAUCCAGCAGUUCGACGACAACGAGGAGGAGGAGGAUAUCUGGGAGGACAAGGAGAUCUCCUACACGGCCCAGGUCAAGGCCAGGACACGGUUUGGAGCAUCGCAGACGUCGGAGAGCUCCAAGAGUGACCUGGAGAACGGCGACCACGACGGCAGCGUGGACUCGGAGGAGGAGGAGGAGCAGCCGCCGCCCCCCUCCCCGCACAAGGGCGGCACCGCGGAGCGCAAGGACGCGGACUCCUCCCAAGGGGCUGGCUGGACGGCCGUGUUCGAGCCCGCGGGCCCCACGCCGCCCGUGGCCAUGGACGUGGGCUCCAGCGUGUGGGACUCGGCCACCCCACAGAGCAGCGCCCCGGAGGAGAAGGGCUGGGCCAAGUUCACAGACUUCCAGCCUUUCUGCUGCUCCGAGUCCGGGCCUCGCUGCAGCUCCCCCGUGGACACCGAGAGCAGCGCUGCCAGGAGCCCGGCCCCGGGCCAGGACAAGAACUCCAGCGCUGCCUGUGUGUGGAACGCGUGUGCGCCGCGCAAGGCGCCCCUGGUGGCCUCGGACAGCAGCUCCUCGGGCAGCUCCGACAGCGACGACGACGGCGACGACAAGGCCAAGGCUGGCACGGAACCCACGGCACAGGAGCCCGGCAAGGACAGGGCAGCUCCCAGCAGUGACUCGGAGGGAGCGGCUCUGGAGACGCUUCCCGUGGGACCCGGGACCCCCCGAGCCCGGAGCAGCUCGGCCACGCACACGGACGGGCACCAGAGAGUGGCCACUGCUGUCACAACUGCCACAGAAACGGCCACGAGAGACAGGGGUGACGAGGCCUUGCCCUGCACCGAAGCCACAUUGAACGGCCCCGCUUGACGCCGCCGCCGCCGCCCCGGGACGUGUGUGAGCCAGGCCAGGCUGCUCCCUGGUGAUGCAA